CAGGUUUUUCUUUAAUUUCUUUCCAUUUUUUGUUUUUCCACAAGGUUAAGCAGGAUAGGGAUUUGAGAUGACACGGGCCUCCGACUUGCCGUAGAGCACGCAAACCCAGAAGAGGAGGGGCUAUGUAUAUUAGCUAAUACGUUUGCAUUUUGAGUGACGUGUGACGUUAACUUAACGUCAAUCGGCGCAGGGGAUUACUUUAAGACGUGUCGGCGUAUGACAUUAAUUUAGCACCAGACGGCGCUUAUUUAACGCCUGGCGGCGUUAAGAAAUCGGUGUUUUAAUAUUAAUACGGCGAUCCAAAGCACGCGAAUUGUGAUACUGUUGGCUUUCGAUACGCAAGAGGCUCGCGCCAGUUAUGAACUUGAGUGUGCAGGUGGCGCGCACUAUUACCUCCCACAACAGAGAGCUGCCUGCAUGUGGCGUGUUAAAUAUCUCUUGUCUUAUUUUAUCAACAGAUGUACACUAUCCUGACUAAAAACGUUAUAAAAACGAAUAUUUAAAAAGUAAACGGCAUGAAAAUCAUUAAUGUAAAUCAAAAAAAGUACAACGUGCCAUUAGCUUUACCUGUAGGUCAUGUUAUUACCAAAAUAUGUGACGUAACUGGACCGUCCUUGGUUAUCUUGUAACGUCAUGAGUUCGUGUGGGCGACGUCAUGAAUUGGUCAUUUAAUGAUAACGAAAUUACGUGCAUGGGACGUGCCAGCUACGUUGUCAGCUGGUAAAUCAUGAAAUUACCAAAAAUGAUCAAUACAUUACGAUCUUGUAUCGCUCCCGCAUCAUAUUAAACUGCAUUUAUUACUAAAAAAGGCAAAAAUGCAGAUGUCAUGUUAAUGCACACACCUUGUAACGUUACUCUACUAAUGACGUUCACUCCCAGUGUGCUGCUGUGUGAACUGAAGAAUGCGCUAAAUAACGCAGCCUAACGCCGUUUUCAUAAUAAGAGUUUUAAAGGGGACUGUAAAGCGAUAUCAAAUUCUACUACAGAUUACAUAAUUACUCACAAUAUUUUAGCUGGGCUAAGCCAGAACUUUAUGUGGGCUUUAGCUCCCCUUAAAAGGGCCUAGCAACGCCACUGUUCUACACAACAUCUGCUGUUCAUUAAUUAUUUGUAGUGCAGAGUUUCUGCAUUUCUGACCCUAGUGGACAUGAAGUUUUUCCACCAGGGUUUCAAAGGUUGAGACAUUAAGAUGUCUUUCAUCUUUUUUUUUCUAUUUCUAUCAAGAGGGCGGUUUGAACUUGCAUGACACGUUUUUGGUUUGGUGCAGUACAAAGUACAGAGAGAGAGAGAGAGAGAGAGAGAGAGAGAGGUGGGGACCAAAGAAAGUAAAGCAAGCUCCAAGAACUAAAGAGCUGCCAGAUUCAUUUCAACAAAGGAGCAAAAAGAAGCAAACGACACAUUUUCACAAUAUUGGAAUUCCCUGAAAUGGCCUCAAUGAAACUGCAGAGUCGGCCUGUGGUCUUUGACUUUGAGGGCAUUUCUAUGACCCACUUCUUCACUGACAACUGGGAAAAUGUGAAGAACUUCCAGGCAAGACCAGAUGACAUUCUAAUCGCCACUUACCCCAAAGCUGGUACCACCUGGGUUUCUUAUAUACUGGACCUGUUGUAUUUUGGCAAAGAUAACACACAGACAAAGCCCAUUUAUGAGAGCGUCCCAUUCCUGGAGUCCUGCUUUCAUAAGAUUCCAGCAGGGACUGAAAUGGCAGAUAAUAUGACGACUUCUCCUCGUCUCAUCAAAACUCAUUUACCUGUUCAGCUGGUGCCCAAAUCCUUCUGGGAGCAAAACUCAAGGGUGGUGUAUGUAGCCCGUAAUGCAAAAGACAAUGCCGUUUCCUAUUUUCAUUUUGAUCGAAUGAACAUGGUACAGCCUGAAUCAGGAGACUGGAACACCUUUAUACAGAAGUUUAUGGAAGGAAAGAAUGUGUUUGGUCCGUGGUUUGACCAUGUCAGCGGAUGGUGGGAGAAGAAACAGACAUAUUCUAACUUACAGUACUUGUUCUAUGAGGAUUUGGUGGAAGACACCGGACGUGAGGUGGAACGCUUGUGCUCCUUCUUGGGAUUAUCGACUUUACCUGAGGAGAGAGAGAAAAUAACAAAAGGAGUUCAUUUUGAUGCCAUGAAAGAGAACAAGGUGACCAACCAUGCUUCAAUUCCUUUCAUGGACUUCAAGAUCUCACCCUUCAUGAGGAAAGGUAAAGUUGGAGACUGGAAAAAUCACUUCACUGUGGCACAAAAUGAACAGUUUGAUGAAGUCUACAAACAAAAGAUGAAGAACACCACUGUCGAGUUUCGGACUGAACUGUAAAGCUUGUGUUCUGGACAUUGGUGUCACUAAAAAAUAAAUUGAGUCAUUAAUAAUUUAGUUCUGGUACUGAAAGUAUUGUUUCCCUUUAUUUAGGUACAGAAUAUUGUGAAUAUCAUAUGAGUAGAAAUAAUAAUCAGUUGAAUAAUAAUAAAAGUUGUCUCAUAUCUUUAUACCUAAUAACAACCUUUAGUUGAUUAUUGUUCCCGAAAUACCUUUAAUAUCUCACACUAUGAAAGCUGUUACUGGGAUGGUACCUUUAAAAAAUGUUGUAUGUAGACAUGUAUAUAGUUGCUACCAAUAUGUAGUACGCUUCUAACAAAAUAAAGUUUGUCCAACAAACUGUA